CCCCACACAAGUGUAAUGACCCAAAUAUAUUAUCGCUUCUGCGCAUGCGCCCUCGUCACUGGCACUGUCUAUUUCCUCUUCCCUGGAACUGCGUGUACUGAAGUCCACAGGCGAUCACUAGUUUCACGGAUUGUUUUUGCUACAAUAAAAGAUUUCGAGUUUUUUAUGAGUAAUCAAAAGCAGCAGAAGCCAACGCUAACGGGACAGCGUUUCAAAACUCGGAAAAGAGAUGAAAAGGAGAGGUUUGAUCCUACUCAGUUUCAGGAGAGCAUUGUACAAGGUCUGAACCAAACUGGCCCUGAUUUGGAAGCUGUCGCCAAGUUUCUUGAUGCCUCUGGGGCCAAACUUGACUAUAGACGCUAUGCUGAGACCUUAUUCGACAUCCUGGUGGCUGGUGGAAUGCUGGCCCCAGGUGGGACCUUGUCAGAUGACGUGACCUGCACUGAGUUCUGUCUCUUCAAAGCACAAGAGGACAUGGAGACAAUGCAGGCAUAUGCACAGGUGUUUCACAAGCUAAUCAGACGUUACAAAUAUUUGGAGAAGGGGUUUGAGGAGGAAAUUAAAAAGCUGCUGCUGUUUCUUAAGGGCUUCACAGAGUCUGAGCGCAACAAGCUGGCCAUGUUAACAGGAAUUCUACUGGCCAACGGCAGUAUUUCUUCAUCCAUUCUUGGCAGCCUCUUCAAUGAGAACCUGGUCAAAGAAGGUGUUUCGGCGUGCUUUGCAGUAAAACUCUUCAAAUCUUGGCUUUCCGAAAAGGACAUCAACUCGGUGGCUGCCAGUCUCCGAAAGGUUGGCAUGGACAACAGGCUCAUGGAGCUGUUCCCUGCCAACAAGCGCAGUUGCGAACACUUCUCCAAGUACUUCACAGACGCGGGGCUCAAGGAGAUUUCGGACUUUGCUCGAAACCAGCAGUCUAUAGGUGCCCGCAAGGAGCUGCAGAAAGAGCUUCAGGAGCAGAUGUUACGCGGAGAUCCCCUCCGAGAUAUUAUUGCCUACGCUCGAGAAGAAAUCAAGAAGAACAACAUCUCCGAGCAGACGAUGAUCGGACUAAUCUGGUCCAGCGUGAUGAGCUCCGUGGAGUGGAACAAGAAGGAGGAGCUGGUCACGGAGCAAGCCAUCAAGCAUUUAAAGCAAUACAGCCCUUUGUUGAAAGCUUUUACUUCACAAGGACUCUCUGAACUUACACUUCUGCUGAAAAUCCAGGAAUAUUGUUACGACAACAUCCACUUCAUGAAGGCCUUUCAGAAAAUCGUUGUACUGCUCUACAAAGCGGACGUCUUGAGUGAAGAGGCGAUUCUCAAGUGGUACAACGAAGCUCAUCUAGCCAAAGGAAAGAGCGUUUUCCUUGAACAGAUGAAGAAGUUUGUUGAAUGGCUGAAGAAUGCAGAAGAAGAAUCCGAGUCGGAGGAAGAGGAGGCAGACUGAGGACCUGUAGCCGACUGUCAUUUCAAUUUAGUCCUUUUCACAUUAACAUAGCACCAAAAUGCAGUACAAGGGUUUGUUACAGAGGCCUGUCAGAUUCCUUUUUCCUUUCUACUCUACCUCCUCAUGUCUAGUUCUACUUGUAAGGGCUUUACUAUUGAUUUUAUUCUAGAUAUGUGUUUUUUUUUUCCUCUUUGAAUCGAUACUUGUACUCUUCUUUGUACUCCUUCAGGAGCUGGACACUGUGCCACAUUUAGCUUCAUAGAUUGAAACCCCUUUCAUGUAUCAGAGAGGGCUUUUUUUUUUUUUUUCUCAGAGAUUGUUCUCCUUAAUUUCUGUUCCCACAAUUAUUGUAUUUAGUCGCACAAAUGUUGUUUACCAGAGUUCUUUCUGGGUGGCACUGAUUUCUUAGUCCUCUGAACGACAAACCUGCUUUUGUAUCCUUGGUUUUAUGUGAAAUUACAGGUUUUCUUUUCUUUUCCUUUCUUUUUUUUUCUUUUUAAUUGCUCCCUCCAUUUAUAACGGUGCCAUGUCAAUAAUGGCAGUGUCAUAUACCGAAAAUUAUUCAAGUUUAACACAACCAUACUAGCAAUGCUGGUUUUUAUUUUCUUUACCAUGCAAUUUGGAUUUUUAAUAAAUGAAAAUGAAUGGUUUCCAAA